UCAAGCUCUGCGAUGCUGAAGUAUAUCAUGCAAGAUAGACAUUUCAAAUGUAUUCCAGUAAUCAUGGUAUCAACAAACCAUGAGUCCUCUUUUCUUCUGAAUUUCUUGAGAUUGGGGGCAACUGAUUACCUGGUCAAGCCAUUGUGCAUCGAUGAGAUACUGAACUUGUGGAUGCACAGCUGGAGGCAGCCUAAGGUACUUGACUGGUUGCCACAGAACAACUUCCAAAGUUCAGGUGAAGAGAAUAGCAAUAUAUUCGUCUAUAAUGACACCAGCGAAGAGUUAUUAGCGAAUACGAUGCAAACGUUGUGUGUAUCCAAAAGGAACUAGAAAGGUUAGCU